UUCCUCGGCUCCCGCAUCACCCUCAUCACGCACGCCUGACACGCGCACGUCUCGAGCCAAGACCCAGGCGGUGCGCUUUUACACGAGGAGCUUUACGCACCGGCAGUCCUGAUGGACGGCGACACCCUGAACCAGCUCGGCGCAGAGGGUUCUGGAGCCAACUCGAGCAAGGACCCCGGCGGCGGCGGGGAGUGGAGCUCGUACGCGGCCGUGCGCGGCGUCAUGACCACGGCGUACACGCUGAUCGUGCUGGUGGGCGUGCUGGGCAACGUGACGCUGCUGAAGAUCUUCGUGAGCACCAGCGCCAUGAGGAGCGUGCCCAACAUCUUCAUCAGCAGCCUGGCGGCGGGCGACUUGUUGCUGCUUGUCACCUGCGUGCCGGUCGACGCCUUCCGCUUCUUCUCCGACGACUGGAUGCUCGGAGAGGCUGCGUGCAAGCUGCUGCCCGCUGUGCAGCUCACCUCCGUCGGCGUGUCCGUCUUCACGCUGACCGCACUCAGCGCCGACAGGUACAAGGCCAUCGUGAAGCCCAUGGACAUCCAGACAUCCAGCGCCAUUUUGUGGACGUGCUUGAAGGCCGCCGCCAUCUGGCUGUUGUCCGUUCUGCUUGCCAUCCCCGAGGCCGUCUUCUCCCAGGUCGUCUCCAUGCAGGGUCAGAGGGGCACCGAGAACGUGACCUUCGCCAACUGCGUGCCGUACCCUCUGUCCGAUCAGACGCACCCCAAGGUCCAUGCUGUCAUACUCUUCCUGGUCUACUUCCUGUUCCCGCUGACCGUCAUUUCGGUGUACUACUACCACAUUGCGCGUACCCUCAUGCACAGUGCGCAUGACAUGCCGGGCGAGGUCAGCGAGCACACCAAGAGACAGAUGGAGACGAGGAAGCGCUUGGCCAAGAUCGUGCUGGUGUUUGUGGCUUUGUUUGCUGUGUGCUGGCUCCCCAACCACGUCCUAUACCUCUACCGCUCCUUCCACUACCAGCAGGUGGACCUGUCGCUAGUGCACCUGCUGCUAACGCUGCUCGCUCGCAUCCUCAGCUUCUCAUCGUCCUGCGUCAAUCCGUUCGCGCUCUACCUGCUCAGCGACAGCUUCCGACGACACUUCAACAGUCAGCUGCGAUGUGGCAACGUGCGUCCUGACCGUCAGGCGAGCUACCAGCACAGUACAUCACACAUACGUCUGACCUCCAUCAAAAGGGCCACGCCCACCAUCGCCAUGGGCAACAGGCAGGAAGUGUGACCAGCAGGCAGCAGGAUAAGGUCACGUGACUGCCGGCUCCGCUCAGAAGAAGUGUUGUGUGAUGAAGUGUUAGACUCAUCAAUUCAUUUGGAUUCAUUUGAAAGUUUUACGCAGGAACAGAUUAAUU